CCGCCUGCCGCGCAGCCAUUGGUUGGCGUGGGUGGGGGCGUGGCCGCGGCGGCCUGGAAGGACAGCGUGGCGGUGGCGGAAAUGGAUCCUGAAGCACUUAAGAAAUACUCAGCGUUACAUCCUAAACCUGCUGGAGUCACUCUUCAGUAUGGCACUGCUGGCUUUCGCACCAAGGCCGAACAGCUUGAUCAUGUCAUGUUCCGCAUGGGCUUGCUGGCAGUUCUCAGGUCCAAAGCCACAGUAUCUACUAUUGGUGUCAUGGUUACAGCAUCUCAUAAUCCUGAAGAAGAUAAUGGUGUAAAGCUGGUUGAUCCUCUUGGUGAAAUGCUGCACCCUUCCUGGGAAGAAUAUGCCACCCAGCUAGUAAAUGCAGAGGAGCAAGAAUUACAGAAAACACUAACUGAGAUCUGCCAAAAAGCAGCACUGAACCAGCAUAAAGAUGCUUCAGUUUUUAUUGGUAGAGACACCAGGCCAAGCAGCGAGAAACUUUCCCAGUCAGUAAUAGAUGGUAUCUCUGUUCUAGGUGGUCAGUACCACGAUUAUGGUCUGGUGACAACGCCACAGCUACAUUACUUGGUCUGCUGUCAAAACACUCAAGGACAGUAUGGGAAAGCAACGCUGGAAGGUUACUAUGAAAAAUUAUCCAAAGCUUUUACAGAACUGAUAAAACAGUCUCCCAGCUCUGGAGAGAGUCAGAGGCACUUGAAGAUUGACUGUGCCAAUGGAAUAGGAGCCCUGAAACUAACCGAAAUGGAGCCCUACUUUCCAAAAGAGGUGGUAGUUCACCUAUAUAAUGAUGGAACCAAGGAGAAGCUCAAUCACUUAUGUGGUGCAGAUUUUGUGAAAGUUCACCAGAAGCCACCUAGGGGGUUAGACAUGAAGCCCAAUGAGAGAUGCUGCUCAUUUGAUGGCGAUGCAGAUAGAAUUGUGUAUUACUAUAAGGAUGCAACUGGCCAUUUUCACCUAAUCGAUGGAGAUAAAAUAGCAACUUUAAUUAGUAUUUUCCUUAAAGAACUUCUUGCCAAGACAGGACAGACCUUACAGAUGGCAGUGGUACAAACAGCGUAUGCCAAUGGGAGUUCAACACGCUACCUUGAGGAAACACUGAAAGUACCUGUGCACUGUGUCAAAACAGGAGUGAAACACUUGCAUCACAAGGCCCAGGAGUUUGAUGUUGGUGUUUAUUUUGAGGCAAACGGACAUGGUACGGUAUUGUUUAGUAAAGCUGCUGAAACUACGAUAAGACAACUGGCAAAAGAGGAGAAAGAUGAUGAAAGAAGAGAAGCAGCAAAGGUGCUUGAAAACAUGAUUGACCUGAUUAAUCAGACAGUAGGGGAUGCCAUCUCAGACAUGUUGGUUAUUGAAGCAAUUCUGGCUUUGAAAGGUCUGACUGUGCAACAGUGGGAUGCCCUCUACACUGACCUUCCCAAUCGGCUGCUCAAAGUUCAGGUUGCAGACAGGCGAGUCAUUGACACAACGGAUGCAGAAAGGCGUGCAGUUACACCUUCCGGGCUACAAGAGAAAAUUGAUGCACUUGUAAAGAAGUACAAAUUGUCACGAGCAUUUGUCCGUCCAUCAGGAACAGAAGAUGUAGUUAGAAUAUACGCUGAAGCAGAUACACAGGAGAACGCAGACGCCCUCGCCCAUGAAGUGAGCCUGGCUGUUUACCACCUUGCUGGAGGAAGAGGAGCACCACCCCAGCCCAUAUGAUGAACGAUGUAACUGCAGUUAGAGUUCAUAACUUGACUUAUUUUUCUA